AUGGGAUCAACAGCUUGUAGUCGUCAAGUGGCCGUACUAUUACGUCAGAUGGACCCGAUAAGAGCCUUACAUCCAAAGGGCGAAAGUCUCUUGAGUCAACCAGCUAUCAAACUCGGUCGAUCAGUCCUCCCAAUCUUCAAAUUAUCCAGACUUUUUUUCAAGAAAUUAUAUCGAGAAAAUGUCAAGCUGGAAGAAGUAGAAUUAUUCACAGAGAUGUGCUCUCAUCAAUUGUUUUGCUUGCAUUCAUCGAUCGAAGACAUCAUUGAAUCGAUUUCGAUGUUAUCGUUUUCUAUAAGAGAUGCUGAUCGACUUGCCCCUGGCGAUACUUGUCCGGCUAUCAUCCAAGAACUCAACAAACUCAUCGAAUUAUUCCAACCUCAUCUCUCUCUGAUCAACCUCUACGUUCUUCCUAAUAUGUUCCCAAAUCACACAGCUACUCAUAACGCGUUCCAAGCUGUUCAAUCAUUUGCAGAUACUUGA